CUCACUGCGCCGGCGCGCGGGCGCGAGCGGUUAAAGCGCAUUUUCGGUGUUCGAGGACCUGGAUUUGUUCCCUCGGCCUGGCCGGCUAGAAGUCAGGGACCAAGGAUACUGCCGCCUCCUAAGGAUCGUUUUCCUCCGGCUCCGAAGCCUCUCGGCGCCCGGCUGUGGCCCUUGCCCUUUGACCCCCGUGGCGGCGGGGUGAGAGGUCGGGUGGCCAUCUUGUGGCGGCGGCGCGGGCGGCUGUUACUGCGGAGACCUGUCCCCUCCCCCCACCUGGUACCCCGAGCUGUCUGUCAGUCGGCGGAGAGCCCUGCAGCCUGUCAGCGGAGGCCUGGGCCGAGUGCGGUCGCUUUCCCCGUCUCAUCGGGCGGCCCGGGCUGCUCCCCACCACCGCCACCAUGUCCUCCUUCUCAGAAUCGGCGCUGGAAAAGAAGCUCUCAGAGCUGAGCAACUCUCAGCAGAGCGUGCAGACCCUCUCCCUGUGGCUCAUCCACCACCGCAAGCACGCAGGACCCAUCGUCUCCGUGUGGCACCGCGAGCUCCGCAAAGCCAAAUCAAAUAGAAAGCUUACUUUUCUAUACUUAGCAAAUGAUGUCAUCCAAAACAGUAAAAGGAAAGGACCUGAGUUCACAAGAGAAUUUGAGUCUGUGCUUGUGGAUGCUUUUUCUCAUGUUGCCAGAGAGGCAGAUGAAGGCUGUAAAAAACCUUUAGAAAGAUUGCUGAACAUCUGGCAAGAACGAAGUGUGUACGGCGGCGAGUUCAUACAGCAGCUGAAGCUGUCUAUGGAGGACUCCAAGAGCCCUCCCCCCAAAGCAGCAGAAGAGAAGAAGUCUCUAAAACGAACUUUUCAGCAGAUACAAGAGGAGGAAGAUGAUGACUACCCUGGAAGCUACUCUCCCCAAGACCCUUCUGCAGGCCCUCUCUUGACUGAGGAGUUAAUCAAAGCUUUGCAGGAUCUGGAAAAUGCUGCGUCAGGGGAUGCUACUGUCCGACAGAAGAUCGCUUCCCUGCCUCAGGAAGUGCAAGACGUGUCGCUGCUAGAGAAAAUUACAGACAAAGAGGCAGCUGAACGUCUUUCAAAAACAGUAGAUGAAGCAUGUCUGUUACUAGCGGAAUAUAACGGGCGCCUGGCAGCGGAACUGGAAGACCGGCGCCAGCUGGCUCGGAUGCUGGUGGAAUACACCCAGAACCAGAAAGAGGUUUUGUCAGAAAAAGAGAAAAAACUAGAACGUCUUACUCAGCAGCUCCAGCCCUGCUCUGAUCCCCAGAAUGUAUCCUUCUGAAAUGUGGUAGCUGCCCUGGAGCUGGCAGGGAGAGAGGGACAGGAGUAUAAACAGAAGCUUGCUCGAGUAACCCAGGUCCGCAAGGAACUCAAGUCCCACAUUCAGAGCUUGCCAGACCUUUCGCUGUUGCCUAAUGUCACAGGGGGCCUGGCACCUCUGCCCUCUGCUGGUGACCUCUUUUCAACUGACUAGGACAGGUAUCAUGCCCCAGGUUCCCAUGUGUGCCAGAGAAAAGAAGCAAGUCACUGCUGGAGACAGUCCCCUGCCCCAGCUCCAUCUCUUCAGCCAGCAUCUGCCUCAGUAAUGAAGCGGGGAACUCUGACUUCUUACUCUCCUCCGGCUCCCCUCUGAGCAUGGUUCAGAGCCAUGCAGAUGGACUCAGUUUUGAUUCAUAUUUGCUAAGAACACAGACUCUCCCUCCCACUCAUGUCUCUUGCCACUGCUGCUUUUCCAUCUUUCGCUCUCUUACACCCAUAAGCCAUGAAAAUCAUGUGUACUUCUGGAAGCUUUCAAGAGAAGCUUGCCUCAGUGACAGCACAUGCCAUGGAAGUCUGAGCUGGCCUUGACCAGGUUCAGAACAGGCUCCCAAUGAGGACUCAGGCUGCAGGGAUUGGGCUUUCCUGGCCACCAUUGCUCACAAGGUCGGCAGCAUAGCUUUGCCACAAAGAGUUUGCCAAAUUGCCGACAUUUCCUGAUCUAAACACUUCUGUUAGAGAAGUGUUGUCAUGGUUAGGUGUGUUUAUUUUUCGAGCAUUCUAGAGAAUCCAACAGUAAGAUUCGAAGCUGAUCUGAGACAUAAAAGUUAUAGCGCAGGUACAGAGUGGCAGGGCUCACAAGUCGUUUGCCAGGCUUCUCACCACAGCCUUCCCUGCCACAUUGCUCCAGGGUCCCCAGUUUCAGAGCACCUUCCUAAAGCAGGACCCUCUGUCCCCUGGGGCUGGGAAGGGAGCUGUUGGGAUAGCAUGCCCAGGCUGAUAACUGCUCCACAGCUGGAGUCUGGGCUCUCGUGCAUGUUGCUCUCACCCUGAAGCUUACAAUAACGCCACCAUGUGGACGCAUCCACAGCAUGGUGACUGGACUUGAACAUCUCUACAGAUAGGACACUGAGCGUGCCAGGCAGUUCCUGCCACUAUAUGCAUCCUUGCUCCCAUGCAGAGAGAGGAGUACUCAAACAACUCACCUCCAGCAGAGGAAGGGAGUGGAGGGAGACUAAUUUGGGGUUGAAUUCCAUUAUCAUGCCAGCUGACAUUAUGACUGAAUGAUGUAGUUGCGAUUUUUACGUCUAGUAAAGAGUGGGCCUGGCCCUGGAAAUGACUGUAAUCUGGCAGGCUUAUAUUUGACAUUGGAAAGGGCAGAAACCAUUUUGUCCUACUAGUGUGAUAGGAAUUGUCGCCCAGAGCUGAAGUCCAAAAGCCAUAAAAAGGAAUUCAGUGAAGGGGCCUGAGAAGCUUCGUUGCUUUAAGUUGCUGUUUUCAGGAUCACCAAAAAAAAAAAAGCACACAUCGUUUUUACACGUUAAAGCAAAUCUGUGUGUCACCAAAUAGGCAGGCUUUGGUUGAAGAAGCCGCCCCACCUGCUAUGAGAUGGGACUCAGUUCCACUCUGUCCAGCCUGGUCUUCGUGGAAGCUGUUAUUCACAGAGUGCAGGCUGCUGUUUGCUUGUUCACUCUGCCUUUUCUGUCAGCAUCCUUUUCUCCAGAGGUUACAGGACAGCACUGACUCAGGUGAAACCCCUGUCUCUGCUGCGGAACACCUCCCUACACACCACGCCACUUUACUGUCACAUGCACACACCACUCUGAACACCCUCCAGACACUGCUUUCCCACAAAACAGACCAAAAGACUGUAGCAGCUCUGCUCUGAUGACAACUUAGUGGGGUCAGCUCAAUGGUGUUUAUUCUUUGGAGUCUCUGACCAGCAGUCAGUGCGUAACUCUUACAGCAGGAUCAAGACGUGACCAGUAGCGAUUAUGUAAAUGAAUGUGUUGGCCUCAUUACACCACUUCCAGCAGAUUUCCUGUGAGGAAGUUAGUUUCGUUUUAAUGAAAUGCUUCAGUUUUUAAUCUUCCUUGUUGUGUGCCUCCACCAUGCCCCCAGUCUCCCAACUGUGUGCGAACUUCCCUUGUUUAACUUAAGUGAAACUUUUGUCCCUGAGAGUUGAUCUGGCGGGUGGGGUGGGUGACUUCUGGUUUUGUGUUUCUUUAGGGCAUCCGUAGGCCUCAAGGAUCUUUCCUUUAGGGUCAUAUUCCUCAGAAAGUCUUCAGUCUUUCUUUGUUUUUGUUUUGUUUUUCUUAAAGGAUAUUUUUAAAGCUUAAAUUUGUAUAUUAAUUUAGGACUUUAUUUAGAAGUAUAGGCUGUCAUUGGUGGCAGCAGUAUAUUCUGAAAUGUCUCAUAGAUAUAUAUUUUUGAAUAAAGAUGGUGUUGUUGAACAACAUUCUGUGAUGUUUCUUCUCCCUGCCUCGUGCAGUGAUUAGUGAUCAUCAAUGGAGGGCGCUCUGUCUGCACAGAAUCUUCCCCUGGGGGCUGGUAGUGGUACAUACGCAAGACAACUGGUUGAACUUACUCUCCAAGUCUCUCUUGGAGUUUGAUUGGCCAGUUAGCAGUCUAUACUGUAGCAGAGAGCGCCAACUGGGUUUCAUCCUUGUAUAGGCUGAAGACUGGUUGGGGGGUGGGGAGGACUUGUGAUGUCCCCCCACACACAGAGGAUGUCUUGAGAGGCCUUUGGUUGCAGUCUUUUCAGUCACACCAGCAGGCCUUGUGGGAAUUGUUUGAUUUGCAGUAUGGUGAAGCUGCUCUUGGAAAAACGGAAAAUAACCAAACAUCAUCUUUUUUAAGUGUUUUCAUGGACUUCUCUUCUGCUGAGGUUGACAUCCAAUGGAAGACCCUGAUGACUGAGUACUCUGGAGACAGGGUGCUCUGAAGCAGCUGCUGUGGUCCGGAAUGGUUGAGAUCUCCCACUAAGUUAUGGUGGGGUUACCUGUUUCUCAUGAUGCAAAGGACUUCCUUUUUAGUAAUGGUGGUCCAUCAAGACCACCUGCAGCUGAAGUCCAAGUUCACUAUCAGGAAAGUGUGUGAGUUUUGCCUGCUUGUAUGUAUGUGCACCAUGUACAUGCCAGGUGCCUGUAGAGGCCAGAAGGUGGCAUUGGAUUCCUUGGAACUGGAAUUACAAAUGGUUGUGUGCUGGGGAUCAAACCUGGGUCUUCUGCAAGAGCCACAAACACUCUUUACUGUUGAGCCAUCUCUCCAGCCCUUCUCCCAACCCCCCACAGUGUUCUGGUUUAAUAAAGGUUGAGUGUAAAGUACGAAUCUAAGUAAACAAGA